GUGGCAUCUACUUGCACAAAGCUAUUGUUGAGCGUACAUCGGUCGUUCACUCACUGGGAUUGAAUGAGUGCACUCGAUUACGCCCACCAUGGUUUCGGAAACCACAACAAAUGACUGUCCCCUUGAAUAGUGCGAUUUUGGAUACACAGCCCAGGUUAUUCUCACACGUUGGAGUGGUCUCAGUCUUUGCAUGCUGCCAUCUAUCGUACUGGAAGCGAUAGUUGACGUCAGUAACAACACCGCCAUACUCGUACUGGCCAGAAGCGUCCAUCUCCAUGACAACGCAAGACAACUAAAAGGAAGGGUUUCCCUCACGGCCUGUGAAAUCGCUGAAGGGAUUCAACGAAUGAUGGAGAUGGAAAGUCCGCGUGUUGGUGUGGUGAGAGAGUCCAUGCUGCAUCGUCCUCUAUUAAUUAAGCCAGCUCUUGGAAAGGCCAGGUUGAGAGGUUUGUCCUGUCCAGGACCUGACUUUGUUUUUGGGAUGGCGACCACAGUUCAGGAUGGAGGAGUGCCAGAGGCUAUCUCCAACUGGCGCACUCAUACUAUGUCUACCAGAAACAGGGUGGCUGAGAGGGAUUUUAUUGGCCUUAAUCGAGAAGGGGUCAAGUCAGGAUUGGUUACUGCUAAAGAGCUGCAACAGUACCGUGCCACCCAUGACAUUCGGCGCCAGCCAUUGACCAGAGAAGGGUUUCGCAGGUCUGCACCACCUCGCAUACCACCAGAUGCUUCAUUUGGUAUUUCUAACAGACCAUCUACCCCAAUCUCUGAGCUGAUGGAGUAUAAGUAUGCUCAGAGAUGGCUAGAAGAGCAGCAGGCCAAGGACAGAGCCCUACAAGCCCAUCAGCAUAAGAAGGCUCAGCUUGGACGUAUACAGGACACACGGACCAGCCUGCUCCGCAAGAGUCGGCCUUUGCCUGAGCCCCCAUCCUUGUGGAAACUACCUCGUUUCCAGCAGGUGGGACCAGCUCUGGACACCUUUCGAGAUCCUGAAGCCCGGAAGAAAGCCAUGAAUGCCCACUACUCAGAGUCUGCAAGCAGGAGAGGGAUUCUGGGUCAAGGCACUUACACAGUGGAUUGAUAGAGCUGGGAUUAUUACAUCAAAGCCUCUCUGUUCAUAAGGAUUCUUCUUGAAGUAAUAAUCUCCCAAUAAUAAAAUUGACAAAAUUUG